CACGCGUGCCGAUAAGACGCGCGCCGCCGCUGUCGCUCCCACAGCGUUCGCGUAGCGCAGAUCUUUACCUUUUAGUUUGCUUUCCCCCACGACCACGGCGCGGUGGGUCGGCGGGCUGGUUGUAACCGAGCCAAAUAGACGGGCCCCGGCUUUGUGUGUGGAUAUCCUCUUCAUAUUCGGUCGGCCGGUCGGUUCGAUAUCAUCCCCCGGUGUUUAGUGGUGCCGUGCCCAGGUCUGCAACAGUUCGCGCGCUUCGCUCCCUAGCAACGGGUCGGGGCGCAUGGGUGCCGUUUCCCGCAUUCAACCCCCACCGAUGCAACAGGUGUUUGGUGUGCGGCAGAGUGGCUAUGAUCGGGAUAUGAGCCGCGCGCACGUAAGUGAUAACGGCCGAUCGGUGACAUAGUGCAUAGUGUCUAAAUUUAUACCACCACCCGCAUCACUGCGUUCUGUGGGUUAAAGAGUGCUGUUAGCAGUGCCCAACUAAAUAAUGGCAAACAACAGGCAACCGUGCGUGUGUGUGUGUGCGUAUGUGCAGAGUGUGUCGUGUAGUGAUUAAUUCGUAACCCGAUAGCAUCAAAUUAGUUGCGCUGGCGAUGGUGAUGCUGGUAAUGCUGGUAUAUCGAAAAUAAGUGUAAAGUGCUUUACCCACCCAACCACAUCACUCACACGGAUCGAUUAAAAGCGUGCGUAGAGAAAAGGGCACUCUGUGCUGCCGUUGUGAGCUAACACAGUUACGCGUUUCAGUGCUAGUUACAAGAGCGUUACAAGAGCGUUACGACAGUGGCUGCGUACGUGAAUUCUUCAGCAAAACGGGCAACGAAAUUGAUUGAAUCAAAACAGAAAGUGCAAGCCAUUUAAAGAGCGUUCAUCUUGCAUCGUCAACAAACCAUCACCACCACCACCACCAUAGACCGGUAGAUGCCUUUCGAGACUUAACUCAUUACCACGCAGCCGGAUAGAUAUUCAAUCCUUGGGGAGAAGACGAUCCAUUCUGGGUUUGAACCCAUGAGACGGAAAUGUUAUUGAGUUGUUCGAGUUGACGACUAUACCACGGGACCGCACUCUCUACACUACAGUAUAUCCUUCUCUUUUCACAUUAUUUGCACUACAGUGUGACGUCAUGGCUAGUGGGCUGCUGAAGGUGGAACCUCCCGCCAACAAUGGGACGGGGCUGGUCCCGGGACGGUUGUCCCUUAGCAGCGACAACCUGGCGACGGGCAGCCGGCUCGGCAAUGGCGAACGGGGCGGCUCCCUCACACCAAACCUUCCCUCGAUGGAUCGGCUCAGUGCGCCGAUACUGACGCGCCGCAAGUUCAGCUUCCCUGCCAACCUGCACUCGACGGCACUGCUCGGGUUUCCCGAGAUCGGUCACCGGGAUGGCUUCGGCAUGGGCGGCUCGUCACUGUCCGCCUCCAGUACCGCACUGUCCGCCCGGAGGCGGCUGAGCAACGUGAGUGACGUCGUGACACGCAAGCUCUCCAGCACGAUCGGCUGGAAGCAACCGGUCCUACCGUCCCAGGACAUCAUCACCCAGGGCAAGUGUCUGUGCGGACAGUACAUUCGGUGCCGGUUGAAGCGAUCCGGUGUGUUUAACCGGAAGCUGGGGCUGCAGCGCAUCCGAAGCAUCGUCGGCACACCUUCGAUCCACGUCGUGCGGGAAGUUUUCCCCGCCCUGCUCAGCGUGGGUGAGGAACUGGAGCGUAUGUAUCCACGCAUCUACAACGGUAUUGCCCGCCAGCUAACUCGCUUCGGCCGGGGCGAGCUCAAAACACCCGAAACGGCCCCAGUACUGCUGAGUGCGAUCGCGCGCGAUCUCUUCAAGGCGGACAUUACGUGGGGCAAGGUGGUGUCACUGUUUGCCAUUGCCGGCGGGCUUUCGGUGGACUGUGUCCGGCAGGGCCAUCCCGACUAUCUGCCCAAGCUGGUCGAGGGUGUGGCGGACGUGAUCGAGGACGAGCUGGUCACGUGGAUAUCGGAAAACGGUGGAUGGAUCGGACUGGCAAACAAGGUACGGCCACCGCAGGAAGAGAUCACGUUCACCGGACGAUGUUUAGUAGGAGCGAGCUGUGUGAUAGGACUAUUUAUACUCGUCUUUCUGCUGAAGACGCUAGGCUUAUAUUUAUUUCCAAAUAUAUUCUCCUAAUUUUA